AUGAUAUCACGUCACAAGCACGUUUUUCAAGAGCAAGUGCGAUUAAUUUAUGGUAGUAAUAAUGGUAAUGGUUCAUCACAACGUAAAUUAGCUCAAAAUUUUAGUCGAUGCUCGACAAGAGAAAGCAAACGUCAAAACAGAUCAAUAAAAGACGCUGAAAACAUGCAACCCUGGCUUACACAAUGUUAUUAUCAAUUUAAUACUUAUCGUGCUGGCCUACAAAAGAGAUCUUUGUCGAUCGAUGCUAAUGGAACGAGUAUGUUUAGCUAUUGUGAAAAGGGUACAAAAAUGCAUGGACAACCGACCGUUGUAUUUAUUCAUGGACUUUCAUCUAAUAAAGAAACAUGGCUACCGAUUGUUAAAAAUAUUCCAAACGAUUAUCAUUGCAUUACAGUAGAUUUACCUGCUCACGGAGAAACCGUGGGCAUGAAAGAAGAGUUCUAUACGAUUGAUAAGUUUGUUGAAAAGCUUAAAUUAGUAAUCUUUUUCGACAAAAUGAAUCUAAUUGAACCAAUGUUUAUCAUUGGUGCAUCUAUGGGCGGUGCCGUAGUAUCUAUGUUUGCAAUCAAAUAUCCGAAUUAUGUGAGUUUGAUAUGUUUACUUGCGCCACCUGCCGAUGAAAAAUAUGAAACUGCUCGAAUUAAACAAUUACGCCAGGGCAACUAUGAAGUACUUCUUCCAGAAACAACAGAGCAGCUGAGUGACAUGAUACGUUCUUUAACAGUAAAACCAAUCAGGUUACCUGAAAUAUUCCUUAAUGGUUUCCUUCGUUUACGACUUCCGUUACUAGAGGAACAUACGAAUGUUCUUAAGUCACUACUCGAACAUGAUUAUCCAUAUCUUAAUCAGCGCUAUCAAGAACUCAAUCAAAUUAGUUGUCCAACAUUGAUUCUUUGGGGCCGCGAAGAUCAACUAUUUACUGUUGAUGGUGCGCAUUACUUUCUAAAAUUAAUUCCAAAAUCAGAAGCAAUUAUUUUCGACGAUUGUGGUCAUUUCAUGGCUAUUGACAAACCUCUAGAAGUGGCCGAGAGUAUUGUAACUUUUUUAAAUCACCAUUGCAACUGUCAGGUAAAUCGUGCCUAUUCUCACGAAAUCUGA